AUGACUUCAGGUAAAAUUCCAAACAAAUAUAUUCUUGCUCUCGCCACAGGUCUGACUGGUCUGUAUAUCUACGACGUCCAGUACAACCAUGGUAAGACCAUUGAUCAAUGGGGUCUCUACAAUUGGAACCCGCCACCAAAAAUCGAGCCUUUCAGCGAGUCGCUGUACAACUCGGGCGUCCAGCGUGCCGAAGAGUUGAAGAACUCUGCCAGCUCCUGGAUCAAUGAGAAGAACUCCAACAUCCAGGAGAACGCCAACACUGCUGGCAGCCAGUUCAAGGACUCUGUCAAUUCUGCGGGCUCUCAGGUGAUUGACCGUUUGGAAAGCUCGAAGGACAGAUUGAGUUCUUUCUUCGGCUCGUCCAAAGAGUCUGCUCAGCGUUCCUACGCCUCUGCCUGGGAGAAGUACCGCGAGGCUGAGGAUAAGGCCAAGCAGCAGAAGAAAGGAUGGUUCCAAUGGGGUGAAGCCAAGCAGGAUGAUGCUAGCAAGCAAUUGGACGAAGCCAAGAAGAAUCUAGACGGCGCCCGCGAGAACCUGUCGAAAUGGGGCUCUGACGUUGUGAAGGAAACGGAGCAGCGUGUUUCUGAAUGGGCCGAAAGCGUGAAAAAGAGAGGAUCCCAGUUUGCCGACUCGCAGCAGAAAAAUGCGGAAAAAUUCCUCGGUAACUUCAAGGGAGACCUCAAGGACAGGGACUUUGUCAAGGAGGCCGACAACUCUGUUGCUGGCUUUGGCCAGCUGGCCGGAGAAGUUGCUGAAGAGCACAAGCGUGCUUGGGACGACAAGACCGGCAUUCUGGCCGCAAAGUCCAGAGAAUCGGCUCAAAAACUGUACGACUACUACGAUGAACAGGUGAAGGAGGCCAAGAAGAAGUACGACGAGACUCAGAGCAGCUGGCUCAAGUGGAGAAAGGCCAAGUCCCAAGAGGCCCAGGACGCCGCCAAGAAAGAGUACGACGAUCUCUUGAGCAAGAAGAAUUCUGCUCAAUCGACUCUGAAUGACUACUUGGCACAAACCAAGCAGGACGUGAAGGACGGAAGCUCGAAGUUGAUCAAGCAGACCAAGCAGGGUUUGAGCGACUCUCACGAGCACGCCCAAGGCUGGCUCUCGAAGCUGAACGGAUGGGUCCGUGGAAAUUAA